AUGGUUCAGAAUCUAGCACGACCAUUCUUUAGGAGCAGUCGAGGAAAAAACGUCGACGAGGACGAGCCAGGCGAAAGCUAUUGUCUGCCAACAUUCACUAGACCACAACCUUCGCCAGGUAACCUGAGACGGGUGCCGACAUUGCAGGAACUGGAGAGAGAAUGCAGGAUCCAACCUCAUACUGACGAAGGUGGUGAUGCCUAUUACAUUGGCGACUUUUACGAUAAAGGCAAGUGUGCAGCAGAAUGGAGGUUACCAGACUUAUCAACAAGACCUUAUCUCAAAUAUGUCAAAGAGGUGUCACAGUCUUUCCCUCAUGUCGAAUAUCUGGCCCACUGGAUGGAGGUGAGCUGCGCGCCACCAAAGUGGAAGUUCGUCAAGAAGCAUCCGACCAACCGCGACGAGCGUGCUCAGCGAUGCAGCGUCUGUGUGCUCGACUACGUCGACGACGUGCUAGUGAAGAAAUCCAACUUCAACACUAAUGCAGGACUUCAAGAAUUCCUCGGCCAACCUACACUUGUGGGCACCAAACCACCUAUUCGACUUAUAAUCGUCGAGGACCUCUCUCGAGAUGUUGUGGAACUCCUAGGGCACGAGUACGAUGUAGACCCACUCUUUUUCAUGUCACACAUCGGAGACUAUCUAUUCCACAAUACCCGCGACCCCUGGGUGGAACUACCAGACUUGGACAUCGAUGCUAGACGCCGGACACAUUUCAACUUGUCGUACCUGCGUGCCCGCUACUUCAAGACGGAUCCCGAAUUCAAGACUGCCGAAGGUGAAAGCGGCGACUUCAACGUGCUCCGUAGAUUGGACAGCGAUCGAAGUCGCGCACGCCUCCAAGACUCUUUGCUCGACGUCAAAGGUGCCAGUGUCACGCUCAGUCGCUCGAAAACGUCCCUGUGGGUGCAGCCGCGCGAGAAAGAGGCGCCAAUCACAGCAUUACUCCUUGUCGACCCUACUGUGAAGGCAGGCUAUCCGCUCUGGGGAGGAAACCGACCAUUUGAAAACACACCUUCGUCGCGAAAGCCACUACCAGAACCUCCGACCAGGACGUCGCUCUUUGACGAUGUUAUAUACUGGAGUAGCAAGUUCGACGCCGAAGACUUGGAACAGAUACGAAAAGAUCCCAAUUGUAUCGCCAUCCCCAUGUUCCGCCUGGUGCUCGCCAGCUGGCGCACCGUGCUGAAAUAUAUGGCAAGUAUGCUCUGCAAGAUCGAAUGGGAGUUCGAGAGGCCACACUGGGGCGAGACACCAAGCCAAAUCGAUGCUUCUCUUCGCAAACUGUCUCCGUGGGCGCGCAACAUACCUUCGUACCAGGCCAUGAUCUCCGAGUCCAUUGAUCGCGUCUUCCGUGUGCCUCCUGAAGACCGCAACGAGCUCACACCGGAGGCCGCGCACCAUCCGCGCCCGGACAGAGGACUGCAAUCUCUACUACAUGACUUUCGCCUCGUCCAGCAGUUGAUGAACGCCAGCCAACGACGAAUUGAAACUAUCCAGACCUUCGCCAGCAACCGCAUCAAUAUCGAAGAGUCUCGCCGAGCCAUCCAGCAGAACCAAAGCCUUGCAAGACUGACACUUCUUGCCACGGUAUUCAUCCCACUGAACUUCACAUCCAGCUUUCUGAGCAUGUCUCCUGGCUUUAACCAGGCGACUGAAACGAUAUGGAUGUUCUUUACCAUCGGCAUACCCUUGACCAUACUAGCUCUCAUUGGCGUGGAUCUUUCCAAUCCCGGUGGCUUGAUACGCACCGUGUGGAGGAAACAUAAGGGCACAGGCAAUGCUUUGCCUAGCCCAGACAAUACACAGCAGGUUCCGAUUGGUACCACAAUAAACUGGAUGGCUACAAGAUCCGAGACCUGGUUUGGUCGGCAUGCGAGAUGA